AAACUCAGAGCUUCACUUCAGUCCGGAACAUUCUACCGUGAGGACGUGGAAAGUAUCCAGUGCGCUUCAGUCUGUUUUAAAGAUCUUAGAUUAAUUUGUUUUUAGUUUAACAUUUUAUUUCAAUGUUAAAAAUAUAAGAAGCCUAGCCUCAAGUGUGUUUUUAGGCAAGUGAAGUGAAAAUGCGGCCGUUGUUUGUACUGGUUAGCUGCCUUGCGGUGGCAGCGCUGGCUACCAAUCCACCGAAGUGGCCGAGCGUCUACUCGAUCAGUGGCAUCCUGCACAUUCCGUACGUGGAGAUCGAUGAACCAUUUUACGCGUGGUACGAUAGCGAAAAUCAGCGAUCUCGUAUCGAUUACUACGGUGGUAUGGUUAAGACGUACCAGCUAACAAAGGAUGGUGAAUAUGGAACCUCGCUCAAGGUGGCCCCCGUUACCAUGAAGGAGUUCCAGAACAAGGAAACCUGCCUGCAGGUGAACGGAACCUCGGAAAAUCGCAUCUCCAUGCAGUCCAUUCUCCCGGAAACUAAGGACUUCAAGUUGGAUGGAACCGAGCACCGAAAUGGCUUCAAAUGCGAUCGGUUUGUCUUCGAAGAAGAGAUCGGCGAGACGCACAACACCUACACCCUGUGGGUUCGGUAUGUGAAGUCUCCGAAGUACCCGGCCUCCCGGUUGCCAAUUCCAGUCCGCUUCGAAAUGCGAGGAUACAACAUUCUGCUCGGAUCUCACUACGAUCAUUACUAUCUGGAGUACGAUACCUACGAUCACCAGGAGAUUCCGGCUUCCGUCUUCCAAGUGGAUACCUCUGAACCGUGCAUUGGCUUCCCAGGACCAGGUAAGGGACACUACGCCACCUUCAACCCGAUGCAGGAAUUCAUCCAUCCACGGUCGGAGGAACAUCUGGACAAUGAGUUCGGUCGUUUCAAGAACAAGCACGGCAAAGCCUACGGCAGCAACGAGGAGCACCAGCGGCGUCGCGAAUCUUUCCGUCAGAACUUGCGCUUUAUCCAUUCGCACAAUCGGGCUGGCAAGAAGUUUACCGUUGCGGUGAACCACCUGGCUGAUCGCAGCAGUGAAGAACUCCAGGCACUGCGUGGAUUCCGUUCGUCGAAUAUCUAUAACGGAGGACAGCCCUUCCCCUACAAAACGGAAGACUUCAAGGAUGCCCUACCGGAAAGCUUGGAUUGGCGUAUUCGCGGAGCUGUGACCCCGGUCAAGGAUCAAUCGGUUUGCGGAUCUUGCUGGUCGUUCGGAACAACUGGUCACCUUGAAUCGGCUUAUUUCCUGAAGACCAAGAAAUUGAUGCGGUUCUCUCAGCAAGCCCUGGUCGAUUGUUCGUGGGGUUAUGGCAACAACGGCUGUGAUGGAGGAGAAGACUUCCGGGCCUACCAAUGGAUCAUGGAAAUGGGAGGUAUCCCGCAGGAAGACCAGUACGGUGGCUAUUUGGGACAGGAUGGAUACUGCCACGUGGAGAACAUGACCAUGUACGCUCCGAUCACUGGCUGGGUGAAUGUCACUUCCGGAGAUAAGGAGGCCAUGAAGCUGGCCCUGUUCAAGCACGGUCCGCUGUCGAUUGCGAUCGAUGCUGGCCAUAGGUCGUUCGCGUUCUACUCCAAUGGUGUCUACUACGAGCCGGAAUGCCACAGCAAACUUGAGGAACUGGAUCACGCUGUCCUAGCGGUAGGAUACGGAACGUUGGACGGCGAGGAAUACUUUUUGAUCAAGAACUCGUGGUCCAACUACUGGGGCAACGACGGGUAUGCCUUGAUGGCGGCGAAGGACAACAAUUGUGGAGUCACCACCGAUGCCACGUACGUCCUCAUGUAGAACCAGAGAGUUUUAAGACUUUAGUAGUUGGUGUACAUGUGUUUCGGUACAGUUACGUGUUACAUUAGUGUUGUUUGGUAGUUGUCAUCUUUUACCCGGCGAAAUAAAUUGUUAUGUGUUAUGUGUCUAUAAAA